GUCGCCGGCGCGUUGUCUAUCGCGCGGGAUUGCGCUCGCGCCGGUCAUCGAAAUACUUGAAAACGGAUCGUAACAUUGAUUCAACAGCUGAUUGUUUGAGAUGCCGAUUUCUGGUAGUAUCGUGAGAACUGAGGAAUAUGAAGUGGCUGUAUCCAAUUAUGUUUUUAGUGGUCAUAGUUAUGGAGGUCAUUUGGACAGACCAUAUUGAAGUGGAUCCCAGGAAAUCAGCGGAUACCGAUGACACGAUUAAUAACUUUAGUUUGUUAAAUUUGGAUGAAAUACUCAGUGAUAGAGGAGGAGGUAAUGCAAAACCUUCGUAUUCAAGAUGGAGCAGCUGGGGUGCAUGCAAAUCACGACACAGGACGAGACGCAGACACUGCUUACGGCACAAAAUAUGCGGAGACAGCCUCAGAAUUGAAGUCGCUAGAUGUAAGCAGUCUCACGAUUCUUCUAAACCAAUUAAAAGAAACAAAACGACACAUGCCAAACCUCGUCAACGAAAUGUGCGAAUACACAUCUCCCAAAGGCGCCAGCUGGACAGUGAUGAUGUCCAGAAGAGAUUUCGAGGAUUUUCGCCCUGGAGCUCUUGGAGUACCUGCUCGAACAAAUGUACGACAGUUAGACGAAGGCAAUGUCAUAUCCGAAACAUAUGCGGUCGGAAAAUGAUAAGACAGUCAGCGUACUGUUACUUGGAAGGGAGCUACUGCCACAAGUGGAUUCGCAGCAGAAUGCAGAGGCGGAAGGACCCAGAGUACACACGAGACAUACAAGACGAAUGGAUGCCACCACCCGCACUGGCCAUUCACCCUGAAGAUUCCCAUACUACUCGCACGCAGGUGACAGAAUGUGGCAAGCUGGGUCGGUAUCGGUCCUAUGCAGCCCGCAAGCGUGCUCAUAUGCAGAGUAUGAUUCGCAUCAUUGGAGGCCGACCUGCACCGCCUGGUAAAUGGCCGUGGCAGGUUGCUGUUCUUAAUCAGUAUAAGGAAGCAUUUUGCGGAGGUACCUUAAUAUCUCUUCGAUGGGUGGUGACAGCAGCACACUGCGUUCGACGCAAGCUCUUUGUCCGGCUCGGAGAGCAUGACCUGCUGCUGAAGAACCGAGGAGAAGUGGAGAUGAAGGUCACGGAAGUUGUUAUCCAUCCCCGCUACGAUCCUGAUACUGUUAUAAACGACGUGGCUAUGCUAAGGUUGCCAGAACCAGCGCGUCCAGAAUUAGGACACGGCGUCGCGUGUCUGCCACGGCCGCAAGAAAAACUUGCGCCUCAUUCCACAUGUGUCAUUCUUGGAUGGGGCAAAAAGAGGCCCACGGAUAUUCAUGGCACGAGGAUACUUCAUGAAGCACAGGUCUCCACGGUGCAGCAGAGUGCGUGUCGCCGUUCCUAUUGGCAGUACGCAAUAACUGACAACAUGGUGUGCGCAGGGCGAGGGCGCAGGGACUCGUGCGCGGGCGAUUCUGGAGGACCGCUACUGUGUCGAGACCGGAACUUGCAGUAUUACUUACAGGGCAUUACCAGCUUCGGCGACGGGUGCGGCAAGAGAGGGAAAUAUGGAAUUUAUACACGAACCGCGGGAUAUGUGGAUUGGAUACAAGAUGUUAUGAAUAAGAAGUACUUUGAUUGACAUUUUUGUGGAAUACAUAUUGUAUAAUAAUAUGUAUUUCUAUUGUGUAUUACAAAGGGUCGCGUACUGUAUGGUCACACAAAAAAGAAUUCUAAUUAAUAUAUAAUUAAUUUGCAGUAGCUUC